UCGCUCACAGACCGACAGCUGCCGGAGAAGCAGGGAACAUGGUGGUGUCGCUCAGAGUGAACGGGACCUAAGGGUUAUAGCGAAAAAUACGGCUGAUGAUACAGAGUGGAGUCUGUCUGAUCAGAGACUGACUCGUUCAGCUGCCAGCUCCCAUCUGAUCAGACAGAACCCUGUGCCCAGACCCUGCGCCAAAACCAGAGCUGAGCCACUUUACCUGGGGCCAAGGACACCAGAACGUCUCAGCAUUCAACCCCACUAUCUCUGGAGCUGAGCCACUCAACCAGGGAGCACAGAGACCCCAGACUGAGCCGCUAAACCUGGGAGCAGAAGGAUAAAUGAGACUGAGAGCCCGUGCCUUGUGCCGCAUGACCCCGAGACAGAGGCAGGCGAUGUGCUUCCUUUAGACCGCCCUUAACCCGAGCCAGCCAUGAAUCACCUGGAGGAGGCGGAGCUGGGGGAGGAGCCUGUCAGCAGCAGGGCGGAGGUGAACGAGGCAGUGGAGGCGGACCUGGAGCGGCCCGAGAUGGGGGAGGAGCUACGGCAGCAGGCCCUGCCCCCUCAGCGGCGCAGGCAGGACAAUGGUACGGGGGUGGGUGUGGAGGGCGGUGCCCGGCCGGGACGACCCCGCCCACAGAACAGCCACGGCACAGAGAACCACCAUCACCACAGUCAGCAACCCGCCAAUGCGCGUUACCGUAGGUAUGACGCCUCGGGCGGCGGCGGGGGAAGCCGCGCCCGUGGCCAGCGGAGACCGAUGGAGGACGUGGAAGCAGAGCAGCAGCAGCACGUCCAGCAGCCCUUGCCGCGCCCAGCCGUGACCCGCUACCGCCGGCAGGGCGACGCUGAGGCGCGUCAGCGGGCGCAGCAGCAGAGGCAAAGGCAGAGACAGCUGCAGCAGAGGGAGGCAGAGAGGGCAGAGCAGCCGCCCCAGGCCCCGCCCCCUCCGCGGGAGCAGGAGGACCCAGAGGAGGACGAGGGCGGCGACUCCGCCCUGGCCCGCUCCGCCAGCACGGAGAGCGGCUUCCACAACCACACGGACCGGGCGGAGGGCGACGCCGUGAUGGCCCUGGAGGCCGACCCGGAGGACGAGAGCGCGUACGGCGUGCCCUUCCGCCCAGAGGCAGAGGAGUACACGGAGAGCGCCGAGGCCGAGCAGCAUGGCGGGGUGGUGCAGCCACGCCCCCACGCCCAGCCCCAGGGCCAGUACCCGCCCCAGCCACCCCCGCUCCCUCAGGAACCCUUGCCGAACGUGGACAGGCCCCUCACCCAGGACGCAGAGGCUCUGAACCCAACCUACUCCAGCUACGUCUACACCCAGCAGCUGUACCGGGGGUCCGGCGGGCGGGGCGAAAGGGUGGAGGGUGCAGACCCCGAGGACGAGCCUUACGCCGAACCGUACGCCGACUAUGGGAUGCAGGAGCACGUAUACGAGGAGAUUGGCGAUGGCCCCGCGCCGGAGGGGGAGGGGACAGGGGAGGGAGAAGGGGAGAGGGAGGCCUCCCAGCGAAACAGGGCAGGGUUCCGCCUCUUCGAGCAGGACAGCUACCGGCAGCAGGAGGCGGUGGGGUCCCGUCUGCACCACUACGACGAGCGCUCCGACGGGGAGUCGGACAGCCCCGAGAAGGAGGCUGAGUUCGCCCCCUACCCCCGCAUGGACAGCUGCGACCAGGAGGAGGACAUCGACCAGAUUGUGGCGGAGGUCAAGGAGAGCCUGAGCUCCCACAGCCUGGACCGGGCGGCAGCUGGCGAGGAGGAGUGGCUGGAGACGGAACUCAACUCCCAGUGCGAGGCCGAGGAAGGCAAGCCUCCCGAGGGGGAGGAGCUGGAGAGGGAGGAGGAGCCGGAGAAGGAGGAGAGACCGCCCACAGUUAGCCCUCCCGAGGAGUCUGCGAUGGUGAGACACAGCAGGGAGAAGCGGGACGCCAUCUCCCUGGCCAUCAAGGACAUAAAGGAGGCCAUCGAGGAGGUGAAGACCCGGACGGUCCGCUCUCCCUACACACCUGACGAGCCCACUGAGCCCAUCUGGGUGAUGAGGCAAGACCUCAGUCCCACUGGGGAGUGCGACCUGCAGCCACCACUAGGGGGAGAUUCUCCAGGUUCAGGAUCCACCUCUCCUCAGGGGGCAGAGUCCUCCAGCCGACACUCACAUCUGCAGGAGAGGAGUGACAGCUUUGAGUCUCCUUCUCCAGCCAGCAAGGAGUCUCGGAGAAGCCUGGCCUCCUUCCCGACCUAUGUUGAAGUUCCCGGCCCCUGCGACCCUGAGGACCUUAUCGAUGGCAUCAUCUUCGCGGCCAACUACCUGGGCUCCACCCAGCUGUUGUCAGACAAAACGCCUUCCAAGAAUGUGCGCAUGAUGCAGGCUCAGGAGGCCGUUAGCCGGAUCAAGACGGCCCAGAAAUUAGCCAAAAACAGGAAGAAGGCUCCGGAGGGCGAGGCCCAGCCCAUGACUGAGGUGGACCUGUUCAUCUCCACCCAGAGGAUCAAAGUGCUCAAUGCAGACUCCCAGGAGACCAUGAUGGACCACCCCCUGCGGACAAUCUCAUACAUCGCCGACAUCGGGAACAUCGUGGUCCUGAUGGCCCGGCGGAGAAUGGCCCGCUCCAACUCCCAGGAGAACGUGGAGGCCUCUGACCCCGCCCAGGAUGAGAAGCGGCAGUACAAGAUGAUCUGCCAUGUGUUCGAGUCAGAGGAUGCUCAGCUGAUCGCCCAGUCUAUUGGACAGGCCUUCAGUGUGGCAUACCAGGAGUUUCUUCGGGCCAAUGGCAUUAACCCUGAGGACCUGAGCCAGAAGGAGUACAGCGACCUCCUCAACACCCAGGACAUGUACAACGAUGACCUCAUCCACUUCUCCAAGUCCGAGAAUUGCAAAGAUGUUUACAUAGAGAAGCAGAAGGGGGAGAUUUUGGGCGUGGUCAUUGUGGAGUCCGGUUGGGGAUCCAUCCUGCCCACCGUCAUCAUUGCUAACAUGAUGCACGCUGGCCCAGCAGAGAAGUCUGGCCGCCUCAACAUCGGGGACCAGAUCAUGUCCAUCAACGGGACCAGCCUGGUGGGCCUGCCUCUGUCUACCUGCCAGAGCAUCAUAAAGGGUUUAAAGACCCAGUCUCGCAUAAAGCUGAACAUCGUGAGAUGCCCCCCCGUGACCACUGUUCUGAUCAGAAGACCCGACCUCAGAUACCAGCUGGGCUUCAGUGUACAGAAUGGCAUUAUUUGCAGCCUUAUGCGGGGGGGCAUAGCAGAACGAGGGGGGGUCCGCGUCGGCCACCGCAUCAUCGAGAUCAACGGGCAGAGUGUGGUGGCCACGCCCCAUGAGAAGAUCGUUCACAUCCUGUCCAAUGCUGUCGGAGAGAUUCACAUGAAGACAAUGCCAGCUGCCAUGUACCGCCUGCUGACCGCCCAGGAGCAGCCAGUUUACAUCUGAGGCCAACCGGACUCCCCGCCCUUUGUCCCCUGACCUUGUCACUACUGGAACCCAGACCUCCCCUCCCCCCUGCUCUCUUUGAGGCUGUUGUGGUCUCGUGCAUCGUGCUGCAUUUCCGUGUCUACUGCUUACAUCUGUCCCACCCCUUCACUGUGUGUGUGUGCGCAUGUGUGUGUGUGUGUGUGUGUGUGUGUGUGUGUGUGUGUGUGUGUGCAUGUGUGUCAUAUUCUGUCUUGCAACUACCCAUUCCUCCUCUUCUCUUAACUCAUUUAUUUUUAUUCCUUCAUUUGCCACUGGCAUGUUUCUCCCAAGGUUAAUUUUUACCUAAGCACAACACACAGGCACACACACACACACACACAACACACACACACACACACACACGCGCACACACAC